UUUCAUCCAAUAUGUACCAAAUCAACGGAUCAACUCAGGUUGUGCUUGAUGAGUUACCUGUUCAUCAUUGUAGAGCCCCAUAUGUUUGAUGGUUGUAUCUAUCCAUCAGACUGUGCAGAUGUUCACAAUUGUGACCACACCAAGAGCGGAGUUUACCGAGUGUUUCCGUUUGGAUUCGGAUCAGGCUUCUUGGUGUAUUGCGAUAUGGUAACCAAUGGAGGUGGCUGGCUGGUGUUUCAGAGACGACAAGACGGAUCCGUGGACUUCACACGAAUGUGGCAGGGAUAUAAGGAUGGUUUCGGAAAUCUUUGCCAGGAGUUUUGGUUGGGACUAGAGAAAUUAUAUUUGUUGACAUCACAGCGUGAGUAUGAAUUGAUGAUCAACAUUGCAAAUUAUAGCGGAAACAGCUUCUAUGCUGCUUACAACAGAUUUCGGAUUUCGGGAGAGAGGCAAAAAUUCCGGCUGACAUUGGGAAGCUAUUCAGGGACAGCAGUUAACUGUUCAUCAUUUGUAGAGCCCCAUAUGUUUGAUGGUUGUAUCUAUCCAUCAGACUGUGCAGAUGUUUACAACUGUGACCACACCAAGAGCGGAGUUUACCGAGUGUUUCCGUUUGGAGUCGGAUCAGGCUUCCUGGUGUAUUGUGAUAUGGUAACCAAUGGGGGUGGCUGGCUGGUGUUUCAGAGACGACAAGACGGAUCCGGGGACUUCACACGAAUGUGGCAGAGAUUUAAGGAUGGUUUCGGAAACAUUUACCAGGAGUUUUGGUUGGGACUGGAGAAAUUACAUUUGUUAACAUCACAGCGUCACUAUGAGUUGAUGAUCAACAUCGCAAACUAUAGCGGGCACAGCUUCCACGCUACUUACAGCAGAUUUCGUGUAUCGGGAGAGAGGCAAAAAUUCAGGCUGAUGUUGGGAAGCUAUUCAGGAACAGCAGUAGAUGCAAUGACCCACCACAAUGGAUACCAGUUUAGCACUCCGGAUAGUGACAACGACGCAUCGGAAACUCGACACUGCGCCGACAUAUACAAAACUGGCUGGUGGUACAGAGAUUGUCAUUAUUGUAACCUGAACGGAGAGUAUGUUCAAGCUGGCGGGAAACCAAGGUUAACAUACUCCGGAAUAGCAGGAUACACCUGGUUAAAACAAUACGGACAUUUACAGUUUGCAGAGAUGAAGAUCCGACCUGUCUGGAACUCGUAGAUAGAUUUAGGACAGAUCUGUUCAAGGGUGCAUGAAAAAGAACUCAAGAACCAACAUUAUGUUUUCACAUGAAAUGAAGAAGACUUUACCGAACAAGAGAAAAAAUUGGUGACUUGGGUGUAUUUUAUAUAUCUUAAUAAGCCAGUCUAUUUGGUGCAUUUUUCCCUCAACGGUCGGACAUACCGUUAACAUGGGACUAGCUUAGUCCAGUUCGGGCUAUGCCCCCCUCCCCCCACAAGAAAGCUGUUUUUACAAAUAUUACUGGUGACGUUACCACAGCAGCCUACAUCCUUUCCAGGCUAACUGCUAAGGCCUUAGGAAAACCAUAGCUGAAAGCCAUUUUCACAUCGCAAGAAAAAAACCGAGAAAUUUUGUGUAUUUUUAUAUGUUAGGACCCAUCCUAAACUGUAUAUUAAGAAAUAAAUCCGAACAGUUGCGUGUACAUUCAAAUAAAUAAUAUCUUAAUAUUGAACAGAAAUGCUGUUGUUUGAAUGUAUUCUGUUAUCAUAACUUAGUACUGUGUCAUAUCCGUGCUCUCCGUCCACCAAUAUUGUUUUCAGAGCCAUCACCGUUGACGCUACCCCAACAGAUUACGUAAUUUUGAGGCUGACUGCUGAGGCCUUAAGGAAGAUUUAUUUGUAAUUUUAUAUAUUAGGCAUCAUCCUAAA